AAAAUCUGCGAACACAAGAACCUAGGCGCCAAAUUAAACCUAAAUUUAAUGUUAGCGUAUGCCUAACAGGUACAGAAAUGAUGACAGAAACGUAGCAUAAUAGGAAUAGAUAAAAUCCUCCAUGACAAAAAUAAACACAUGUAUAACUGACAGUCAUCCAUUUAAGUGAAAGAUGGAACCAGAAGUGUUGACAGAAGUACCAGAGUCAUUAAAACGUUUGAUUAGACUUGUAGUACGUGGAUUCUAUAGUAUAGAGCAUGCUAUUGUUAUUGACUUAUUGGUACGUAAUCCAUGUAUGAAGGAAGAUGACAUCAUCGAACUAUUGAAGUAUGAUAGGAAACAGUUGAGGUCUUAUAUAAACACUCUAAAAAGUGAGAAAUUUUUGAAAUUCCGUAUGAGAGUUGAGACAGAUACAGAAGGUAAAAUGACACGCCAUAAUUACUAUUUUAUCAAUUAUUUAAUGUUUGUUAACGUUGUCAAAUACAAACUGGAUCAUGUGCGACGGAAAAUAGAAAUGGAGGAGAGGGACAAUACUAGUCGAGCAUCAUUUAAAUGCCCAGGAUGUGAGAAAACUUUCACUGAUUUGGAAGUGGACCAGUUAUUUGAUUUGAGUACGCAAAAGUUUAUUUGUACAUACUGUAGUGAAGAGGUUGUUGAAGAUGAAAGUGCUGUUAUGCAAAAAGAUGCUCGGACUUUACUGGCAAAAUUUAAUGAACAAAUUGAACCUAUUUAUGUUCUACUCAGAGAGUGUGAUGGUAUAUCACUAUCACAAGAUAUCCUUGAACCUGAACCAACUGAUCUGAAGCACACUACAAGAUCUAAACAGAAAUCUGCAGCACAAGGAGAUAAAACGACCUGGAGUGGAGAUGCUACACGUGGUCGUGAUUUCGGGAUGUCAGAGAGUACUGUUACCAUUACAGUGGAUGAAGAGAAAAAGAAAGAAGCUGUCAGGGAGAGACCAGUCUGGAUGACAGAGAGUACAGUAGAUGGGGCAUCUAAUGAUACCAAUGAAUUUGGUGUACCAAAAUCAGAUAUUGCAGGACCUUCAAGAGCAGAUACAUCUCGUAAUGUUACCAGUAAUGAAAUAGAGACAUUGUUAAUUAUUCAUGAGAAGAAGAGUGGUGCAGUGCCAGGCAUACCUGCCGAUGAUAGCUCGAGUAGUGACUCAGAGGACGAGAAGAAGCCUACAACAUCUGCAGCUGUAGAAGAAAUGGAAGAUGAUGAUGAUGAAGAAGGUCCUAUGGUAUCCAUAGGUGGUGCUAAAGUUUCGAUACAUGAUGUAACAGAUGACAUGGUUGCUAAAAUGACACCCCAGGAGAAGGAGGAAUAUAUUAGACUUGGACAAGAAAUGUAUCAAGACAUGUAUGAAUAAUGGUGAAAUUUAAAGUUCACUAUUUUCAGGAAACAUUCGCAGCAGUUCUAUUUUGUCUAAUUCCACAUGUGUUCAUUUACAAAAUAGACAUUUAUAUAAAGACAUGUUAGAGACAAAUUGUUCAUUGUUGUUAAAAAAAGGAAUUACUUGAUACUAUGAACAAAAUGGGUUCUUUAAUUAUCUAGCGUUGUUAUUUGUUAUACAUAUAUAUCAGUUAUUCUUACAUGACAUGGUAGAUACAAUUUUAAUCAAUGUGUAACAUUUAAGAACUUGUCUGAUUGUCACUAUUUGAUUGUUUAACAAUUCUUUUAAGUGAUCCUUCAAAGAUUGAUCUUGUAAAUUUCAAAGAUAUUGCCAAGCAAUAUAAUUUUAGUUUUUUUUUAAUGUCACCCUCUCGGGCAGACCAAUGAAAUAUCAAUAAUUUAAGGAACAAUGAAUUGAAUUUACAUCAAUAAUUUUAAAGACAAUGCUCAAGUUUUACAGCAUCAGACCAUUUUAAUAGAAAGUCAACAUAAUACAAGAGGAUGAUGGAGCAGAUUUUUACCAUUCGAAUAAACAUUGUCCAUCUUGGCUUCCCCUUGGUUGACAAUGUUUCUUGGGAUAACAGUCUGCUCUAUCCCCCUCUUAGCUAUAUGUUAUUAACAUAUUAACAUGGAUUUUAAGAGCAAUAUUUUCAGUUCAUGCAGUGUAGAUUUUAUAUUGCAAAACCCUAAAUAACUGAAAGUUCUAGUUUUACUGUAAUUGUAUUUUCCAAGGUAUUUUAUGAAUACUCAGUGGGAAAUCUAGUGACAAAAUAUUGCCUCUUCUGUAAAUAUUGAAAAAUAGAACUUCUCAAUGUUUGUCCCAUUUUAGCAAGGACGCUAUCAAUUAUGGAUUCAUUGGAAACUGUACUGGUAAAUAGUAAAAAUAGAAAUAAGUUGAAAUAAAAACAAAACUUCCAUUCAAUGUUAUCAUUUCCCUCCUUCAUGUCCUUAAGUAGCAAUUGACUAGUACAGCAGGCUAUAGAAGCUUGUUGUAAAAUUGGUUUAAAAUGUUGCUAUGCGAAUAAAUUCCUGGAGUAUCAACUUCAAUUUAUUUUUCACUGGCUGUAUACCUUUCUGGAACAUGCUAAUUAUCUGAAUAUAUAUACAGCUAGAUCAGAGAAAGUCAGGGGAAAAAAUCCCAAAGGAAUCAAUUGAUAUGCAGCAAAGAUUGGCACUUUUGAAAGUUACUAAGCAAAUUCAAACGGACCUUAUCUCGAUGUUAACUUUGAAUAUGAAUAAAUCGAGAUGGCCGCAAAUACAUGAACAAAAAUCGAGACUACCUUUUCUUAAAUUCGUAUAAAAAAUAGUAGAAGAUACCUACUUUAUAAAAAUAGUUAUUUUUAAUUUAUUUCUUAACUUGCACAGACAGACUUUUAAAUUUUUAUAUUCACAUAAAGACAAUAUUUCUCUAUUGAAUGUACAUGUGACAAGAGCAGACCAGUGUGCUCGAUAACUUAAGUGUGAAAAAAUAAGUAUACUUUGGGAACUUGUAACAUGCUAAGGACUUUGUGGAACACUCCGAAAUUUGGUGACCCGAAAGAUUUUUAGAUUUUGUAUAUUCAUGAUUUUUUCAAUUUUUUUUAUCAAUAUGCAUUAAAGAUUGGCAGUUUUUAAAUUUCCGUUUCAGUAGCUUCUAAUGCAUUUAUCUUGAUUAUACUGAACAUAAAACAUUGUGUUUUUGCAUGUAUAUUUCUAAUAACACAGUUUAACAAUUAACUUAUUUAAAAUGAACAAUUAUUAUUUGGAAAUAAUUUUUUGAUCGGUAUCGUCACCGGCAUUGUUUUAUUAUUGACUUUCUCGACUCUAUCAUAAGAAGAGUGAAUUUUCUUUUCACUGGAUAUUCCACUGUACUUAUAUUUACUAUUUAUGAAUAUUUUUUCUGUCUUGAGUCUGGUUUGUUCCUUUUGGUUUAUUAAAAAAUAAUCAACACUAUAACUAUUGUUCAUACAUGUCAACACUUUUGCAAUAAUACAUAAAGGAAUUUCAAAAUGUAUAAUCUUGUUUAUUAGAUUUGAAAAAAAACAUUUAAUAAUAAACUUUAGAAACUUG